UGGAAAGGAUCAUUGUUUCGUGUGUCUUCACACCACAAACUGUUCUGUGAUAACUGUUUGUGCUUAUUAGUGCACAUGAGGGUCUAUCUAGACCAAAGGGGUAUUUUCAGUUCACUGUGAUGACCGCCCAGGGUGUUCUGGAGGGUGUUUCUCUCCCCAGUUCCUCGAAUGCUUCUAGAAGUGUCUUCCAUGCAUCAGGAGCAUUUCUCCAUCACCUGCUCAGUUACAGGGUCCUGAGUGUUCAGUCCUUCACAAAUCACAGCCCUUCGGAGACACAUCUCCGAGCAUAGCUUCUAUCAGUUCUUGCCGCUGAUGACCAGAUGGGCAUGGCUGGACCAAAGGGGUAACCCUCUUCUCUCCCUAAGGACAGUGCCUGCUCCAGAUCGGCCUGGCAGAGGUCACUCCUGGAGUAAACACAGGCUCCAGAGGAAGCAGGAGGAGCCAGGCUAGUUCCUGGUUUGUGGCCCUGGUCUUAAGACCCCUUCUUUGGGGUCCUAAGGGUUUAACCAUUCAGUGGCCAUGUUUAACCUGCCCUUAGGUUGGGCUGCUGGGGUUUGAGUGUGGAAAACUGUUUGAAACUGGGCUACCCUAGAUAAUCCAGAGACUCUGGGGUACCCCUGGACGGGCUCCAGGCUGUCUUUGCCCAGCAUGUGAGGAGGGGAGAGAGGCACAGGCUUCACUGAGAUCGCCAAAGGGCGGCUGGGCCUGGCCCAGCCCCCUAUCCGGCCUCCGCCCCUGCCCUUCCUACGCUCCCGGCGGGCGACCUGGUAACUCCUGAGCCCAAACCUGUCGGGCCGGUUUGUAGAGCCACGGGGACCGAGGGAAGAAGGCUGCAGAAGGAUGCACGGCCUGCCCGGUGCUGGCCCGCACUGUCCGCCGCCCGAGCCUGUGCUGCCCACCCGCCCGAACUCAUGAUGCGCUCGCCCGGCCUCGUGGUACCCUUGCUGGGCCUGGGCCUGGGACUGGCCCUGAGCCUGCCCGGAGCUGUAGCAGCCGACUGCGGGUCCUUGUCGCGGGCAGAGCAUCUGGCAUUCCAUCCGGUAGCCAGGACGCGAUUGCUGACCUCUCGUGUCCGUGCCCCGGGGCCCCUGGACUCCCUCUACGGCACCGUGAGACGAUUCCUGUCGGUAGUUCAGCUCAACCCCUUCCCGUCGGAGUUGAUAAAGGCCCUGCUGAAUGAUCCAUCCUCCGUGAAGAGGGAUGAGGUGGUUCGGUAUGAGGCAGGCUACGUGGUCUGUGCUGUGAUUGCUGGCCUCUACCUCCUAUUGGUGCCCACCACUGGGCUCUGCUUCUGUUGCUGCCGAUGCCGCCGACGCUGUGGGGGCAGAGUGAAGACAGAGCACAAGGCCAUGGCCUGUGAACGUGGCACCCUCAUGACCUUCCUGCUGUUGACUACCCUCAUGCUUCUGAUCGGUAUGGUCUGUGCUUUUGCUACUAACCAGUACACACACCGUCAGACAGGCCCCAGCGUGGAAGCUGUCCCUGAGACCCUGCUCAGCCUAAGAGGGCUGGUGUCCGAUGUUCCUGAAGAGCUUCAGGCGGUGGCUGAGCAGUUUUCUGUGCCCCAGGAGCAAGUCUCAAAGGAGCUGGAUGGUGCCGGUGAGGAACUUGGGAACAUAAUUCAUAACCAGCUCAAGAGCACAUUGUACCCGGUACUAGCAUCAGUGCACAGCCUGGGCCAGGCCCUGCAGGUCUCCAUAGACCACCUUCGAGCCCUGAACACCACCUCAGUGGAGCUGCAGGAGGGUCAGCAGGACCUGGCACCGCCUGUGCAAGCACACCGGGAACGCCUGCUCACCCUGCUUCAGGAGGGCUGGUGCCACGGGGACUGCAGGGGGGCCCUGAACCGGGCCAGUGCUCUGCAGCUGGAUGCUGACUUCAGCCAGGUGCCCCCUGUGGACGAUGUCCUGCAUCGCCUGAAGGGUGUCCCAGAGGCCAACUUCUCCAGCAUGGUCCAGGAGGAGAAUGCCACCUUCAAUAGUCUCCCGCUCCUGAUUGCAGUGGAGAUGGCCAGUGUGCUCAAAGAUCUGAAAAAGGCACUGGCUGAGCAGCCUGAAGGUGUGAGGAUGCUGGCCCAAGGAUUCCCAGGUUCCGAGGCAGCUUUGCGCUGGAGCCAGGCACUGGAGCGGCUGGAACAGCGCAGCCGCCCCUACUUACAGGAGGUACAACAGUAUGAGAAAUACAGGUGGAUUUUGGGGUGCCUGCUGUGCUCUGCCAUCCUGCUUGUAGUGGUCUGUAACCUGCUGGGCCUCAGCCUAGGCAUCUGGGGGUUGUUCGCCAGGGAGGACCCCAGCCACUCAGAAACCAAAGGCGAGGCUGGAGCCCGUCUCCUCAUGGCAGGUGUGGCCUUCAGCUUCCUCUUCGCAGCCCCCCUCAUCCUCCUCGUCUUUGCCACUUUCCUGGUGGGUGGCAAUGUGCAGACACUGGUGUGCCGGAGCUGGGAGAGUGGAGAGCUGUACGAGUUUGCAGACACCCCGGGGAACUUGCCCCCAUCCAUGAACCUGUCCUACCUUCUUGGCCUGAGGAAGAACAUCAGCAUCCAACAGGCCUACCGACAGUGUAAGGCAGGGGCAGUACUCUGGAAUGUUCUACAGCUCAAUGACUCCUAUGACUUGGAUAAGCACUUGGAUAUCAAACAGUACACCAACAAGUUUCAGCAGGAGCUGCAGAACUUCAAGUUGGAUAUAAAGGGUCUAGACCUGUUGAGCCCCGCUGCCCACCGGGACCUGGAGGCUUUGCAGGGUAGCGGGCUGGAGAAAAUCCACUACAGAGACUUCCUUGUACAGAUCCAGAAGCCUGUAGUGAAGACUGACAUGGAGCAGCUGGCACAGGAGCUGGAAGGGCUGGCCCAGGCUCAAAAUGACUCUGUACUGAGGCAGCAACUACAGGAGGAGGCCAGAGAGCUCCGCAGUCUCUACCAGGAGAAGGUUGUCCCCCAGCAGAGUCUUGUGGCCAAGCUCAACCUCAGUGUCAGGGCCCUGGCGUCCUCUGCCCCAAAUCUGCAGGUGGAUACCUCAGAGGUCCUCGCUACUGUCUCUCAUCUAAAAGGAGAGCUGCCUGCCCAGACCAACCUCAUCAUAAGGAAUGCCUCUGAGUGUUUCCUGACCAGGGAACUGGGCUACUUCUCUCAGUAUGUGGCGUGGGUGAGAGAAGAGGUGACACAGCACAUCGCCACCUGCCAGCCCCUCUCUGGAGCCCUGGACAAUGGUCAUGUGAUCCUAUGUGACAUGAUGGCUGACCCCUGGAAUGCCUUCUGGUUCUGCUUGGGGUGGUGCACCUUCUUCCUCAUCCCCAGCAUCAUCUUCGCAGUCAAGACUUCCAAAUACUUCCGUCCCAUCCGGAAACGCCUCAGCUCCACCAGCUCUGAGGAGACACAGCUUUUCCACAUCCCCAGGGUCACCUCCCUGAAGCUGUAGGACCCACUGUUUAUAACAGGGCAAGAUGAUCCCGGGGCUUCCUGCCCUGCUUCUGUGUCUCAGCCUGAACCAGAAGACUUCUGGAAUAACUUUCCCAGAGCCAGGCUGACCUCCAGUGCUGGCCUGCCCCCACCCCCUCCAGCUUACCUGGCCCCACCUCUGCUCGCUUUUCCUCAUGACCCAAAUCAUACUCCGCCCUUACUGCACUACAGAGCCACUGGGUCCUUCUGGGUCUCUAGCCCUUGUCCUCCUUGCUGUGGUAUCCCAGAAACAGGAAGGGCCUCUUCUCCACCCGUGGGAGCUCCUCUCCAGCCCUCAGGUGGGACCCAGACCCCUCCAUUUACCCCAUCUUUUUCUCCCUGCUUCCUGUCCAAGUCCCUUUCCCCUUGUCUGAGUCCGAUUCCCCCCACCUGCCCCAACCUCCUUCCUGUCCCCUCCCCAGCCCUUUGCUUGCUCUCUCCAUGGAUGCCCUGCACCUCCGCAUUGCCCCUCUUUCCCAUGUUCUCACUGCCAUCUUGCUGGCUCCCAGGGCCUGCUUGCUGGACACCUAACCAAGUAGGCAGCAGCUGUCAUGGUGGAGGUUAUAACCCCUGAGCCUUCUGCAGGCUCUAGUCUGGAUCUCCUGUUUCCAGUGGGGGUAAGACAGGCCUGUCUAAGGGCUGAACUGUCCUGUCUGCAUCCCAGGUUAGAAAUAGCAGAGCUGGCCCUGGCUUCUCUCGGAGCACUGGCUCCUAAGAGAGGACCAGGGAUGUGGACCACACUGGGGCUCCCCCUUUGCCUCACAGACGGUCGCAUGGGUGGUCCCCACUGUCUUCCCCAGGAAGGAUCUGGUGGUGAGAACAGGGUUUUGCACUCCCCUUUCCAUCCUGCACAUAUGGCCUGGGAUCACCCCUCACUUGUCUCUGCAUGGUCCCUAUGUGCUGGACACUGGGUCCAGAAAGGACAAAGAAAAGAGCCACAGUACGGUCAAGUGUCUGUUCCAUUACCGUGUUCUCACUUCCCUAAGCUUUGCUUCUGGGUCCCUGAGGCUGGGUCUCCAAGGCUGAGGUUCGGUAUACAGUUGUGUUUAAUGGGUGUCUGUGGGAAGAACCCCAAGGCCUCUCUGACUGCAGGCAUCCUGGGUCUGGGCAGCAAUUCAGUGUGGGGAGCAGAGCCUGCCUAAUCAUGUGAUUCAUAGCCUGCUUCUACUGCUGCUAGCUGGGGCACCUCCAACAUGUGAGAUAGGUCCCCUAAGCCGCAAUUUCUUUUUCUGAUGAAGUGGAGAGGCUCCUUAGAGCCUGUAUGUAGGGUUGUGGAUGUCAAAUGUGAUGGGUGGAAACCCUUGACAGGGCUUGGUGUGAGCAAGUGCUGCUCAGGAGUUGAGAGCUUGGCUCGGGGCAGAGCCAGGGUCUGGCCUUUGUAGUGGUCUGCUGUGUUUCUGAGCAUGUUGAUGUGGAAUUGCAUCCUUGGAACCAGCAGCAAUUCUGCUGCUAGGACUUAGGACGGUGGUACCCGAUGUGCAUACUCUCAAACAAGGAUUUUUGUUUGGUUGGUUUUUCGGUGGGUUUUUUUGUUUUGUU